AUGAAAUCAUCAUCGUCAAAGCUUGAAGCAACUUGCGAUCUAACUUCAGAAACGCUUGGUGUGGACACUGUGGUUAUCACUGCAGAACCUCUUUGGACCCAAUGUUCACACACAGCUUAUUACACUGCUAAUAGCACAUUUGGAACUAACCUCAAUCGCCUCUUGUCUUCUCUUUCAUCUAAUGUUUCACUCACCGGCUUCUCCAGCAGCACCAUUGGCGAAAACUCAAACCGAAUCUACGGCCUUGCACAAUGCAGAGGCGACACCACACCCACCACAUGCCGUGAUUGCCUCAACACUGCAAGCCAAGAAAUCCGCGAAAAGUGCCCCAACAGGACAGCAAUUAUAUGGUAUGAUGAAUGUCUCUUGCGCUACUCCACCAGCGGAAUCUCAUCAUCUUCUUCGAACUCCCCAAUGAACUACUUGUGGAAUCCGGAAAAUGCAUCGGACCCAGUUCGGUUUAAUCAGAUUGUGGACCAGAUGAUGGAUGGUCUUGUUUCGAGGGCAGCUUCCGGUCCGGGAAUGUAUGCUACGAAUGAAACGAAAUUCACCGACUUCCAAACGAUAUAUGGGCUUAUGCAAUGUACAAACGAUCUGUCAUGGAGAGAUUGCGGUGCGUGCUUAGAAAAUGCCGUGGCACGGAUUCCGACGUGCUGUGAUGGAAAAAAAGGCGGGAGAGCUGUUGGGCCGAGUUGCAAUGUGAGGUUUGAGACGUACAAGUUCUAUAACGAGUUAGCCAUAUCACCGACUCCUCCAUUAACUAACACAACUAUCGCAGGAAAAAAGCAAAGCUCAUCUCGAGCUACUGUCAUUGUUGUCCUUCCUAUAGUUGUUGCAGUCGUGCUCAUCUCCGUCAUUAUUUCGCAGUUAACACUGCCUACUUUGAAGUAUAGCAAGCCCGCACAAAUUAUUGAAAUUGGCAUUGUUUGUGUAGAACACGGGAUUGAAGGAAAUGAGGAGUCACUGCAAUUUGGUUUGGGUACAAUUAGAGCUGCAACUGAUAACUUUUCUGAAGACAAUAAGCUUGGAGAAGGUGGAUUUGGUUCUGUUUAUAAGGGUUGGCUUUCAGAUGGGCAAGAAAUAGCUGUGAAGAGGCUUUCUCCCAACUCUGGACAAGGUUUGGAAGAAUUCAAGAACGAGGUUGCAUUAAUUGCUAAACUACAACACAGGAAUCUUGUUAGGCUGUUAGGUUGCUGUGCCGGAAGAGAAGAGAAGCUUCUGAUUUAUGAAUUCGUGCCCAACGCCAGCCUCGACAAGUUUUUGUUUGAUCCAAAUAAAAAGGCAAAUCUGAAUUGGCAAAGGCGCUAUAAAAUAAUUGGAGGGGUGGCUCGAGGCCUUCUUUAUCUUCACGAAGAUUCUCGACUUAGGAUUAUACAUCGGGAUCUCAAAGCUAGCAAUGUUUUAUUAGAUGAAGCGAUGAAUCCAAAAAUUGCAGAUUUUGGUAUGGCUAGGAUUGUUGGAGUGGACCAAACUCGGGGCAAUACAAAUCGAAUUGCAGGGACAUAUGGAUACAUGGCCCCGGAGUAUGCCAUGCACGGGCAAUUCUCCCUUAAGUCGGAUGUAUUCAGCUUCGGUGUUUUACUUCUAGAGAUCGUGACCGGCCAGAAGAAUAGUAAUUUCUACCAGUCAGCCCUCGCCGAAGAUCUUCUCAGCUAUGCAUGGAAGCAUUGGAAUGAUGGCACAGUUCUAGAUCUGAUUGAUCCAACUAUAAGCGAAUCUUGCUCGAGCAGCGAAGUGAUGCGAUGCAUCCACAUUGCAUUGCUAUGUGUUCAAGAAGAUGUGAUCAGUAGGCCCACCAUGUCGUCGAUUCUGCUGAUACUCAACAGCUUCCCUAUCACUCUCUCAGCACCUUCACGGCCUGCAUUUUUUACUAUGAGCAGAACGGCUCAGGACAUGUCUAUGACAGGGUCCCAUAGGCAGACAUAUGAGGUGAAUCAAUCUCUGGGUAUUGCAUCGCCAUGGUCCAUACAUGAGGUGUCGAUUACUGAAUUAGAUCCUCGUUAGUGCAUCGGAUUAAAAGCUAUUUAAACUCUUUAGGGUAUGUUAGUGAAUUGUUGAGAAUCUAGAUUUGAACGAGCCGUAGUCUGGAAAGCUUAAGGUGUUAACGAGGACUUUAUGUAAUAUCUUUGUUUGUGCAAGUUUUCAUUGAAUUCAUUAGGCAUGCCAUGACAUGGAUGUGCCUGGGGCAAAAAAUCAAGCCAGCUUGCUCAUCAGUGGAAAAUGCUGAUAGUGAAUAAAAUAGCCAACAGUCCGGAUUCGAUUUACAAGUGCGGCUUCUUAGAGUUUUCCUUUGAAGCCCAUCAUUGAUCAGUAAUUUUGGAUCGAACUUGGAUUUGACGCCUAUUGCAGGGUCUUCGAAAAGAAGUUCGAAGAUCUUCCCACCAUCGACUGUUUCUCCGCAGCUUGACCUUUGUCGGCAUUGGAACAGAUAAUCACCUUUCUCACACAUGCGACUGUUGGGCCACGAAGCUUAGGUCCCUCUGAGAGGCGAACCGACUGUUCUAGUUAUCUCCAGCUGAUUGUAAGUGUAAUAUUGUAAGAUCAUUAUUAAAAUACUUUCAUCUUUUGUUUGGCUCUA